UUAAUUUAAUUUAGAGAAAUAAAUAAAGAAUUCAGCACAAAAAAAACAAACACGUGUUGCGUAGUUACUGGACCUAGCCAGGAGACGAAGAUGUUUGCAGGUUGAGUUGUGAGUUACUCUACCAACACUUGAAUCGGAAGGGACUCAACACAGACGCAACUACCACAACACAACACAAUCAUGGCGUCCUCUGAUCCCAACAAAUUGUUAACCAAAGCUGAUAAACUAACAAGACUUAGUCUCACCAGAUGGAGUGCUGAUUGGAAGAGUGCUACUGUUCUAUAUGAACAGGCUGCUAAUGGGUUUAGAGUUGCCAAGAACACUGAGAAAGCCAAAACAGCAUUUGAGAAAGCUUCGAAAGGACAAGAGAUGCUUUCUUCACCUUGGGAUGCAGCUAAGCACAUGGAAUCUGCUGCUGCUCUGGCCAAGGAACUGAGUAACUGGAAAGAAGUAGCAGACUUCUAUCAAAAGGCAUCUGAACUCUACUUGGAGUGUGGGAGACCACAACCUGCAUCGGAUGCUCUUGCAAAGGGAGCCCGUUCUCUGGAAGAUACCAUGCCUGAGGAAGCUAUUCAGCUAUAUACAGAUGCUUGUACAGUUCUUGAAGACGAUGGAAAGGAACAGAUGGCCUUUGAUCUAUAUCGUGCUGUAACUAGUGUUUAUAUAAAACUUGAGAAAUAUACAGAUGCUGCAUCUUCCCUGUUGAGAUUGGGCUUGGCAGCUGACAAGUGUAAUGCUACCAAUAGUCAGAGCAAGGCUUAUCUUAGUGCAAUUAUUGUCUACCUUUAUGCUCACGACUUUAAGCAAGCAGAGAAGUGCUAUAAUGACUGCUCUCAGAUUGAUGCUUUUCUCAAAAGUGACCAUAAUCGUUGCGCUAGCAAGUUACUUGCUGCUUACACAGAUGGAGAUGUUGACGAAAUCAAAAAAGUUGCUCAGUCAAGCACCGUUUCCCAUCUUGACCAUGCAAUCAUUAGGCUUGCGAGGAAACUUCCGACAGGGGAUGUGAGUGCAUUAAAGGUUGUCACUCGUGAAGACGACGAGGACUCACUGGACGAAAAUGACCUGACUUAACUUCUAAUAGUGUUCUAUUUUUCUAUUUAUAGCAGUGGUGCAGAACCUAUUUAGAUUGAUGAGUGAAUUGAAUUGUUCAGUAUAUAUUGGUUUUUGUAUAGAAAUAUAAUGUUCUUUUAGCUGGGUAUAUAUACAUGUGGAAUUUGAAAUGCCGGUCACUAGAGGAAAGCUAUAUUAUCCAAAUGAGAUAUCACUUAGCUGUUAAUGUUAUGUCUGAUAAUCAGUUCUUAAUAAGCCCAUUUCUUAUGAGACUAUAUUUGGCUAAA